AUGAGAUUUCAUGGCCAACGUCGUCUGCUUGAGAGACAGAUAGGUUGGGACUUGGAACCAUCCUUGCCGGACCGGGACCUUCCUAUCAUCUCGGCGAUUGCGGCUACAGACGCCGACAGUCUCCACUGCUCCGAGGAGCCGGAUCCGAUGACCCAGAUGACCGAGCUGAUCAUUGACACGACCCAUCCCGACAGACCCAGCUCCGAAUCCAAGAUCUGA